UCUGAUAAAGGAGAAGCCUAGGAAUAUCUUUCUCAAAAUUUGGAAAUAAUUGAGAAAAACUUAUUAGAAGAUGAGCUGGAGGAUCAAUGGCUAUGGCAAAGGAACUCAAACAGUUAUGUUUUGCUCGUCAGCCAAGCCGUGUUCAAUAGGAGAAAUCAUAAUUGUCCCAAACAACAAAUAGUAAAAUACAAACAAGGCCGUCAUUGUUGUUCUAAUACUGAUCAUCUCAAAAAGUUAGACCCUGGACCCUACUGCACAACCAAUACGGCACAGGUACCGGAGAGACGUCCGCUUUGUGCGGAAGUUGUGGGUAGUCGGAGUCCGAGAUAGAAGAGUCGUUCUUCACAUCAUGAAGAAUGGCAUGGCCCGUCCAUCCGGGGAAAAAGACGUAAAUGAGAUAAAGGCAGCUGCUUGGGAAAAAGGAAAAAGAAAAAGAGAAAAAAUAGAUUCGUGCAGUCUGCUCAUGCUGUUGUUGAUGUCUAAGGAAAAGAAUCUGGCCUUUACUUUUUCUUCCUAACCCAGUCAGGGACUCAGGGCUGAGUUAUGCUUAAGUGAAGUAUAUUGGAAUUUGUGAAUUUAAGAGGCAGGUUGUACGAUCGUGACUGCCUUCAACGAUUAUAUUUUGAAAUGCCACAUUGUGAUAUGAAUCUUCUUCGACAUAUAUGCAGAAGGAAUGGAUUGGUCUCUUCUAAGCGUUAUCAAAUGAAUAGGCCUCUUCUAACCUAAUCGACAAGUUUGUUUUCUGGAGAACUCUGUAUUUUUUUUUUUAAUUGAAGUCAAAUUUGUGGUUUUUAAGACCCUUUUUCAUGGCAAAAAGAGAAAGAAGAGAACAAUUUUUUUUUUCUUUUUUCUUUUUUAUUUUACACUUUGACCAAUUCAAACUUUUAUCAUGUAGAAAAAAAAUCUAUGAAGCAAGGGGAUUCUACUUUAUUUCACCAGGAGUAUAGACCACUUCACGAAUCGUGUGUUUGAGAUUCUACUGCUAUGUUGCUGUAUGGUAAUCUGCUUGAACCAUUCAUAUCUUGGUUUUCUUUUUUCGUUUUCAGAAUCCAACUCGUUAAAGAUUUUCUAGGGUCGUAAUCUAGAAACUAGAGGUUCAUACAAACUACUGAUAUAGAUUAAUUUGGAGGCCAAUCGAAAAAGUUAUUUAAAAAAAAGGGAAUGCAUAUUGCCACAAUCAUGAUCAGGUCAUUGUCUUAACGUUGCGGGAAUUUGAACCUCACUGGAAGCAAAGACGAUUAUUCAAAUGAACUUUAUUCCAUUCCGAGAAGGUUCUAUAAAGGGACGAGCAUUAAAGUUUAUCGACUCAUGUUUACCGUGUCCUCUCCUUCUUUGAGUAGCCAACACAAACCAUGACACAAACACCAGCCAAUGUGCAGCAACUGAUGAGAGGUGACCGACUCAUGUUGUCAUCCUCCGAUGACAAUGUGAUGUUGGAGCAGAUUCAGGGAACCCAUUCUCCUGAUGGGCGUGAGGUUGAUGUCAGAUCUCUUCUUCGUAUUGUUGAGGACAUAAUCAAACGUACCACGCCAAGCAUUAAUACCAUUGCUGCCCUGGGUAUUCAACCACGUACAAAAGCUUUAGAGGACAAGACCUAUCAAGCGAGCUUCAUCAGCAUUCCAGAAGCUUUGGCCCUGGAUCAAAUUUCCUGCCAUUUAACCUGCAAAUGUUCGGGUAGCGGGGGUGCACAUGCAAAUACAAUCUCAAUAAUGAAUAUGCUAGGUAAUUAUUCAUGGGAUGCAAAGUUGGUGCUAGCCUUAUCAGCUUUUGCAUUGAACUAUGGUGAAUUCUGGCUAGUUGCUCAGAACUACACCUCAAACCAACUUGCCAAAUCAAUGGCAAUCCUUAGACAACUACUUGAGAUCUUGGAGCAUUCUAACAUCCUAAAACCCAACUUUGAUGCAAUAAAUAACCUUAUCAAAGUGAUGCUGGACAUUACAAGAUGCAUUGUGGAGUUUAGGGAGCUAACAGCUAAGUACAAGACAACUGAUAUUGCUGCACUGUCCAUGGCCUUGGAACAUAUACCAAUUGCUGUCUACUGGACCACCAGAAGUGUCGUGGCUUGUGCAUCCCAGAUUGUUGGCCUUACGGGAUUGGGACAUGCGCACACAGUUUUAACUACAGAGGCUUUGGAGCUAUCGACCCUAUCAACCCUGACUCAUAAGAUCGGCAACAUGCAUAGUAACCUAGCAACUCAAUUGGCUAUGUGCAACAAGCAUAUAGAUGAAAGAAAGCAAAUUGAAGCUUUUCAGAACCUAAAAAAUUUGUUCGACAUGACCCAUGAUGACAACAUGAGGAUUCUCAGGGAAUUGAUUUAUCCAAGGGAUGACCAACAACCACUUGUUCAUGGAGCCACCAAAAGAAGGGUUAACAUUGAUGUUCUAAGGCGAAAAAAUGUUUUACUGCUCAUAUCAGACCUUGACAUGUUGCAAGAAGAACCUACUACUCUUGAACGGAUAUACAAGGAGGUUUCACAAACUCCAAUAAAGCAGGAGAGUCAAUACGAAGUUGUGUGGCUCCCGAUUUUAGACCCAGAUUUCCCUUGGACUGAGACUAGGCAAAAGCAAUUUGAGAAUCUGCAAGCAACAAUGCCAUGGUACAGCGUGCACCAUCCUUCCUUGAUCGAGCAAGCAGUGAUCAAGUUCAUAAAGGUGGUCUGGAAUUUCAGGAAGAAGCCAAUGCUUGUGGUGAUAGACCCACAGGGACGACUUGCAAAUACAAAUGCGCUCCACAUGUUGUGGAUUUGGGGGAGUAUGGCCUUCCCUUUCACUAGCACUUGGGAGGAUGCUCUAUGGAAGAAAGAGACUUGGAGACUUGAAUUAUUGGUGAAUGACAUUGAUCCAACAAUUUUGAACUGGAUAUCAGAAGGAAGAUACAUAUGUAUCUAUGGUGGAGAAGAUAUAGAAUGGAUCCGAAAGCUUACGACAACCACACGUGGCAUGGCACAAGCUACUGGCAUUUCAUUGGGGAUGGUUUAUGUUGGAAAGAGUAACCCCAAAGAGCGUGUGAGAAUAAACACUGAAACCAUCAGUGUAGAAGAACUCGGUCACUACUGGAAGGACAUGACUUCUGUUAUGUAUUUCUGGGUUAGGAUAGAAAGCAUGUGGCAAUCUAAGAUGCAACUAGGAAUAAAUGUAGAGAACGAUAGUAUAAUGCAAGAGAUUAUGACAUUGCUUAGCUUUGAUGGCAGUGAGGGUGGAUGGGCCUUGCUCAGCAGAGGAUCGGCUGAGAUUGUUAGAGCAAAGGGGAGCACAUUUUUAAAUUGCUUAAUGCAGUAUGAUGUGUGGAAAGAGCAAGCACAACUAAAGGGUAUUGUGCCAGCAAUUAGAGACCACCUUACGAAGCUUCAAACGCCACAUCGCUGCAACCGCAUCGUGCUACCAGGUACUGCUGGGAGGACACCGGAAAGAGUGGUAUGUUCAGAGUGUGGACGUACGAUGGAGAAGUUUAUCAUGUAUCAAUGUUGCAACGAAUAAACAGGCACAUACACUUGUAUUACACAUUUACCAUUAUACUAACAUGGCAUGAUUCUUCUUAUUGCAGACAUGUUGUAGAUUUUGUUAAAGAUUCAAGAAAACAUGUUUUUAUACUAAAAACUGCAAGUGUUCACAGA